ACCCCUGCAGCAGCGGACAGGGCUGAGUCCAUUCAGGAAAGAAGCAGACGUGACACAUCAAGUACAGAUCAGCACGACCCAUCAGGACACACACACACACAAAGCUCCCGUUUGUCACUCAGAACAGGACGCAGUGCUCUGGAACAGGAUGGGAAACGUGCAGCCCACCAUAGUCCCAUAUGAGGACUUCGAUGUCACAGCUGAUAUCAAGGCCAUCAGAAAGGCUUGUAAAGGCUUUGGCACCGAUGAAGAGGCCAUUAUUCAGAUCUUGGCCAAUCGCUCUGCAGCUCAGCGUGUGGAAAUCAAACAGGCGUAUUUUGAGAAGUAUGAUGACGAGUUAGAGGAGGUCCUGAAGAAGGAGCUGACUGGUAGUUUUGAGAAGGCCACGGUGGCCAUGUUGGAGCCGCCUCAUAUUUACUUCGCCAAGGAGCUGAGGAAGGCCAUGAAGGGGGCGGGGACGGACGAAGAUGUACUGGUGGAGAUCCUGUGCACAGCGACCAAUGAGGACAUCGUGAGCUACAAGGACACUUAUGCAAAGGUGCAUGAGCGCGACCUAGAGGCAGACAUUGAGGAUGACACCAGUGGAGACGUGAGGAACCUGCUGAUGUCACUGCUGCAGGCGAGCAGAGACGAGGGCUAUGAAGUUGAUGAGGGUUUAGCCGAACAGGAUGCCGCUUCUCUGAUUGAGGCAGGAGAAGGCAGAUUUGGCACAGAUGAGAACACCUUCAACUUCAUCCUGACACGCAGAAACUACCUGCAGCUUCAGGCCACCUUUAAGAUCUACGAGUCGCUUUCAGGAUCAGACAUUUUGGACACCAUUGACUCUGAAGCAACAGGAACUCUGAAGGACUGCUACAUAACUCUGGUCAGGUGCGCUAAGAACCCGCAGCUGUAUUUCGCCCGGCGCCUUAAUGCUGCCAUGAAGGGUCUGGGCACCGAUGAAGACACGCUCAUUCGGUUAAUCGUGGGCCGCUCUGAGAUCGACCUGGAGACAGUGAAGGACAUGUACCUGGAGAAAUACGAUGUCACCCUCAAAGACGCCCUGGAUUCAGAGUGUGGUGGAGAUUUCAAGCGUCUCCUCAUGCAGAUCCUGCACUGAAGCUUCUCCCCCUUCUUCCUGCGGGCCGUAUUUAACCAACGUGACGCAGCCGUUCCUCUCUCAUCCUUCUUAUUUAUUACUCAUUCCCUUUCGUGGACGGCUUUCUGAGAGUUCUCUCUGCAGCACGCACCAAAAAAAACCCACCUCAUUGUGUUUUACAAAUACAUUCAUAGUCGUUAACCAUUCAGCACUAAUCAUCUUAAUAUAUCUAUUCCAACAUAAAAUGAGUGUUAUUCCUUUAACAAUAUAAUGUCAGCAUUGCUGAACAUGUGGAAGUUGUGCAGAUGGGCUUCGUGUUUAUGUAUUUAUCCAAAGCUGCAAAUAUUAAGAGGCUGCUGCUGCUGCUCAUCAUAGACUAGGUCACUGCUUAUUUUUGACACCUUGCUAAUUUCCCAGACCAUGCCAAACAAUUAACUACCAUUUGCCUCAAAUACGCCUUUGAUAAGAUGAAAGCAAUGCAAUUUAUGUUAUGCCUCAACACUAAAGUGCCGAAUUAUGUUUGAUCUCUUAUAUCUCUAUACUCUAUAGAGAAUUAUUUAUACAUAAAUAUAUUGCCAACUGGAUAUCAAAAGCUUACUUUUUAAGUACUUUUUGUAAGUGUCCCUAAAUGUCAUGUGGGAAUUUUAACUGUUUGUAAAGUUAUUAGUCACAGCUAACAUGCUGCCUCUCAUAUUUACACUCUUUAUCACAGUUGCCUUUUUCCUAAUCCCAUACAAUUCACUGGAUUUUGAUUAACUGCAGAUGUAGUCCCACAUAUAAACAUGUGUAAACCUGGGGGUGGAUUGUGCAUUUAACAUCGUGAGAUGAUAAUUCUAUUAAAGAAUGCCUUUUGUGUCCCUCGUAGUACGACGCUGAGACUGAACAGUGCACCAUCUGUGUAAUUAGAGCAUCAUUAAGUAUUUGAACUUCAGAUCAGUGUAUAGGACUAAUAUAUACAGUUGUGUUGUCAUUCAGAAAGAACUAACUGUCAACCUUAUGUAAUGUUAAAAAUAAAUAACUACAAAAGAAA